AUUUGUAGGGAAUUACUCUCGACAAUCUUCCAGUAGAAUUUUAUCAAAAUAAUUUUUAACUAUAUUUAAUUGUAAAAUAAUGUAAUAAAUUUUAAAAUAAUAAGAUUUAAUAUAAAUUAAUACUAUAAAAUAAUAAGAAUGUGAAUAAAAAGUGAAUGGACGAUUUUGAGGAUUUCCAGGUAACUCGCUUACCAAAAUCUACCAAAUCUUCUCAUAACCAUAACUAUAAAUAUGCUGAGGAGAAUUAUUCCAAAGUUUCUGAUCCGGAUGUGGAUUCUGCUAUUAUUCGUGAUUCUCAUCUGAAUAAUAGUAUUCUAGAUCACAUGUGGUAUGAUAGAGAUGAUGACAGUUGUAUGAUGUACAAUAAUUACGAUGAGGAGAAUUCAUAUUACCUGGAAUCGAGGGAGAGGAAACGCUUAUCUCAACUUCCACACACUUCUCAACUUGUAAACACUAGAAUUAUCAAUAGCGCUGGGAAAUUUGGUGUAAAAAAGUCACAAAAACAUAUCGAUGAUAAUUUGUGGGAGUUGGAUAGACUCCGGCAAGGUGGCGGCGGAAGUAAAUUUGCUAAUGCUGAGCUGGAACAAUUAAGAGCUUCAAAUGUACACAAAGAUGAAACUAAGAAGAUUGUACUGGUGAGGAAUAUUAUUCCACCGUUUAUUUAUGAAGUUUAUAACUGUAAUAAUUCUACUGACCAGUUAACUGAUGAGUUAACUGAGGCUGGUGAUACUUUUAAUGAUAUAUAUAAUAAAUUUUUAAAUCAAUCUGUUUCCACUGUGAAGGAUCCCACUUCAGAUAUCGCACUAAUGGCUAAAAAAGGUAGUCAAAUCCUAAGACAAAUGAAAGAUGAACUUGAACGCUCAUCCACCAGAACACGAUUCUGGGACCUCACCAAUUCCAAAAUAGGCAAUCUCAUCUUCAAAAAUAAUAACAGAGUUGGUAAUAGUAUGAGUAAUAGUGGUAACAAUAGUGCUUCUGCUACAGGUGAUAGAAGAGGAUAUAUGGAAAAUGAGGAGAAGGAAGGUGAGGAGGAAUUGAAGAAGAUUAAAGAACAUUUAGAAUCUGUACGAAAAUCAUUACCAGUUUACCAGCACAAACAUGAAAUCAUCUCGCUCAUCAAACAAUUUCAAGUGAUAAUAUUGGUUGGUGAGACUGGGAGUGGUAAGACAACUCAGUUGCCCCAAUAUUUAUAUGAGAGUGGGUUUGGUGAUAAGGGCAUAAUAGGUUGUACGCAGCCUCGUAGAGUAGCUGCAAUGAGUGUUUCUAAGCGUGUAGCAAGUGAAAUGGGUUCAAAUCUGGGUGACACUGUCGGCUACACAAUCCGCUUCGAAGAUGUAACUAGCAGUAACACUAGAGUCAAAUUCAUGACUGACGGAAUAUUACUGAGGGAAUCACUAAUGGACUCAGAUUUGGAUAAAUAUUCAGUGGUAAUCAUGGAUGAAGCACAUGAGAGAAGUCUUAACACUGAUGUUCUAUUUGGUAUUUUGAAGUCAGUUUUAACUAGGAGAUGGGAUUUCAGACUCAUAGUCACUAGCGCCACUAUACAGGCAGAUAAGUUCUCAGCCUUUUUUGGUAACUGCCCAAUAUUCCAUAUUAAAGGUAGGACGUACCCCGUGUCCAUAGAGUAUAUGAGAAGUAUUUCUAAUGACUAUGUUGACUCAGCUGUUGAAAAAUGUAUUUCUAUACAUAUUUCACAACCACCCGGUGAUAUUCUCAUCUUCAUGACAGGACAAGAUGAUAUUAAUAUCACCUGCGAACUCCUCGACACUAAACUAUAUAAACUCAUCCAAUCCAGUUCUUCAGGGUUGAUACAAUUGUAUGUGGUGUUGCCGAUAUAUUCGACAUUGCCUAUAGAGUUACAGCAGAAGGUAUUUAUGAAGUACCCAUACAGGAAAAUCAUCGUCUCCACCAAUAUCGCCGAAACCUCAAUCACUUUCGAAGGAAUUCGCUAUGUGAUUGACAGUGGUUAUUGUAAAUUGAAGGUGUAUAAUUCAAAGAUUGGAGUGGAUUCGCUGCAAAUAUGUCCGAUAAGUCAGGCUGGAGCUAAUCAGAGAAGUGGAAGAGCUGGUAGAACAGGUCCUGGCGUAUGUUACAGAUUAUAUACUCAGAGAAUAUUCAUCAAUGAUUUAUUCGAGAAUAAUAUUCCAGAAAUUAAGCGAACUAACUUGUGUAACGUUGUUCUCUUGUUAAAGUCGCUGAAAAUUGUUAAUUUACUCUCAUUUGACUUUAUCGACCCACCCUCAAUUGAAGCUAUUCUUUCCGCCAUGCUACAAUUAUAUAUCCUAAACGCCAUUGAUGAACUUGGUGAACUAACUCCUAUAGGAAAUAAGAUGGUACAAUUCCCACUGGAACCUUCUUUAUCUAAGAUAAUAAUAACGGCAAUAGAUUUAAACUGUUUGGAUGAGUUAUUGACAAUUGUGAGCGUGUUAUCAUCUCCGAAUAUUUACUUGGUUGAAAAUACAAUUGACAAGGAGAACCCCAGUAGUCUAGAACGUGAGAAGUUCAUGAUCCCAGAGUCUGACCACUUAUCACUUCUCAACGUGUAUAACAAUUGGAGAAAUAAUAAUUACUCUCAAGCGUUCUGCUCACAGUAUAAACUACAAUACAAAUCACUCAAACGCGCCAAAGAAAUUAAAUCACAACUCCAAGACAUUGUAGACCUCAAAUACAAACACAUAAAACAAACUGACUCGGAUGGAACGGGUGACAGGUUGAUUGAUGUGGUUAGUAGAAUAGUUGAUAUGAAUAGUAAAGAAGACUUAGUACGUCUAUGUGUUUGUAGUGGUUAUUUUAAUAACGCGUCAAAGUUGAAGGGGUUUGGCGAGUAUUAUAAUUUAAGGAGUUUUAUACCAUGCUUUUUACACCCAACUUCAGCACUCUACGGCAUGGGCUAUACUCCAGAAUAUGUCGUUUACCACGAAGUUGUCAUUACCACUAAAGAAUACAUGAGAUUUGUUACUACCGUCGAACCCGAAUGGUUAUAUGAACUCGCUCCCAACUUUUUCUACCUCAAAAAUUUUGAGAUGUGUGAGAUGGUGCAGAAGAGUAGGGACAGGAUAGAGAAUAAGCGGCUAUUGCAGGAUUUGAAGAUUAAGAAGAACGUCAUUGACACUAAACCCAAAGAAGUUAAAAAGGAUUUCGUACAAUUCGGUACCAAAAAACGAAAUAAACACAGAUAAUCUC